AUGGCGCCGAAAGAGGUCCUCGAUUUGCACAUAUGUGUCAUAGGCGCUGGCAUGGGUGGACUGGCCACAGCUCUGGCAUUGGCGAAGCAGGGCUUCCGCCAUGUUGACGUUUUUGAGUCUGCCUCAGCUCUAGGAUUUGUUGGUGCUGGCAUCCAGCUCGCUCCGAAUAUGGCCCGGAUACUGGAUAGACUGGGCGUAUGGCAGGAGAUUGAGAAGGAGGCAGUUGAUCUUAAAGAUACUAGCAUUCGACAAGGCUCAACAGACGAAGAAUUAGGCCAUGUCGACCUCAACUACGUCCGAUCCACCUACUCCUACCCGCAUAUGGUCGGCCACCGCUCCUCUCUGGCCAAUUCCUUACUCAACGGCUGCAAACGCGAAAAGUCCAUCAACCUCUUCUUCGCCACAGCAAUCGGCCAAGUCUACUCCUGGGGUCCAAAUCCAUCCUUUGAAGCUAUUCCUCGUAAAUCAGGCGACCCAUAUCGGGUUGAUUGUGAUGUGUUGCUUGCAGCUGACGGCGUCAAAUCCGUCGUCCGCGAUCAAAUCCUAAAAGAAACCAACACUUCCGCCAAAAUAAUCGAUUCCGGCCAAGCUGCCUACCGCAUCAUGAUCACCCGCGACCAGAUGGCCGGCGACCCGGAACUCCUUGCUCUCCUCGAUCAAGAGAGAGCGACGAGGUGGAUCGGCGAGAAACGCCACAUCAUCGCCUAUCCCGUUUCAAACAAAACGGUCUACAACCUCAGCACCGCCCAACCAGAUCUCAAUUUCGCCGAUGCUCCUUCAGCGACUUAUACAACCAGAGGAAGCAAACCGCAGAUGAUGGACGUCUACUCCGACUUCUGCCCUAUGGUCAAGCGUAUGCUCGAUCUUGUUCCAGAUGGGGAGGUUUGUGAGUGGAAACUCCGCGUUCACGAACCGCUGCCGUUCUGGACACACCAUUCCGCCGCUCUGGUAGGCGAUGCCUGCCAUCCUACGCUCCCGCACAUGGCCCAGGGUGCUGCUCAGGCGAUUGAAGACGGCGCUGUGCUGGGUGUUGUGCUCUCCAAGCUUCCGGACACCAGUCCAGAGUCAGUAGAGAAAGGCUUGAAGGUCUAUGAGGCAGUGAGGAGGGAUCGAGCAUAUGCGCUCGUAGAGCUCGCGGCAGCGGCAGGGAGGAGUAUGCAUUUGGGAGAAGGGGCGGAUAAGGAGGAGAGGGAUCGACAGUUCGCUGCGUUGAAGGGUGGGAAAGGAGGGCCGGUUCCGGAUCGGUGGGCUGAUGCGGAGGUGCAGAAGAUGGUAUAUGGGCAGGAUAUCAUGAAAAUUGCGGGUGAGGAUUUUGAAGGACUGUUUGGGGGGAUGUAG